AUGGUUAAAUUAAGUAGAAUUAUAAAGAAAAUAGUAUCAACAAGUGAUCAAAAAGAGAUUAAGAAAAAAGAAGUAGUUCCCGUAACAGAGUCGUUUGCUUCUAAGGGUAGGCCUCAGCCAACUAUUGAUUUUAGUAAUCUUCCUUCAUUUGAAAGUAUUUUGCUUUCUAAAGAAGUUGAUAAGAGUCCUCUUUCCAACAAAAGAUUAAAGAAAGUGAUCAAAGUAAAUAAAAAUAAAGGAUAUAAGUUAAAACCAAAUAAAUUAAACCACGAAAAAUAUAAAUCUAAGUUAUACGAAAGAAAUAGGCCAAAUGUUUCUUUAACACAUGGUCAUACUAAAGUCAAUUCGGACGUAUUGAAUAAACACGAAGAUAAACCAACAGGGGACAAACCAGUGAGUAUAAAUCGCAAAGAUAGACUUAAAGUAAUUAAAAAUGACCAGUCCAUGUCUAGAGGUAAGAGGAAAAGGGAACUGAAGAAAGAAGCAUGGAGAAGAAAAAACGAAUUUAAAAAUGAGGCAAAAAAAAUAAUAGAACAGUUCCAAAAGGAAGAUAAGCACGGAAAAGCAUUAGGGAACCUUAGCGGAAUGAAAAGCCAGCUUGAGAUGAUGGAGGAGAGCAUAAGAUCGAGAAAUGAUCUGAAAAAUAAAAAGGCGAAGAUGAGGUCAAAGCUGACUCCGAAAGCGAUUCUAAAAAAUAGAAAAAUAUUUAACGUUGCAACGAGUAACCUGUAA